CGAGCUGCCCAUUCUCCCGCGGCUGCGCUUCCGGCUUAAACCCUAGCUCUAUGGCCGCCGCCGCCGCCGCCUCCUCCAUGGCGAAGCGCAAGCAACGCAAGGCGGCGACGGAGCAGGAGGUAGAGAACCACGACGAGGCCACUGUCGCCGCGGAGGCGGGGCCCGAGAAUGACGGGCACACGGCGCACGCCGCCGAAGAGGCUGCGGCCGCUGAGGAGGGUGUCGAGCGCGAAGGAGGAGGCGAGGGCGGCGCGGAGGGGGAGGAGGGCCCGGACGCUGCAGCCAGGGGAGGUGAGGAGGGCAAGGAAGAGGAGGAGAGGGAGGUGAGCUUUGACGAGCUUGGCUUGGACGAGCAACUGAAGAGGGCUUUGAGGAAGAAGGGCUUGGACAAGGCCACCCCGAUCCAGAGAGAGGCCAUCCCGCUCAUCCUGGAAGGGAAGGAUGUGGUCGCUAAGGCCAAGACUGGCUCCGGAAAGACCUUUGCUUACCUUCUCCCUAUGCUGCAUGAGCUAUUGAAGUUGUCUGCAGAAGGGCGUAUCCGAAAAUCUGCUCCAAAUGUUUUCAUCCUUGUGCCAACUCGCGAGUUAUGCCAGCAGGUUCAUAAUGAGGCAUCAUCUCUCCUUGAAUUCUGUACAUCCAAAUUGAAGGUUGUGCAAGUGAAUGCGAGCAUGUCAGACAAAGAUAUUAAAGUUGCAUUGUCUGGCCCCCCUAAUAUACUUGUUACAACUCCUGCUUGUGUUGCAUCAUGCAUAUCAAAGGGCAUUAUCCGUGGAUCAUCUAUCAAAGAAUCACUAUCAAUGAUGAUUCUAGACGAGGCUGACCUCCUCCUAUCCUAUCGUUGUGAAGAUGACAUAAAAGCUCUCGUUCCACAUAUCCCAAGAAGCUGCCAGUCCAUCCUGAUGUCUGCAACGUCAAGCGCUGAUAUUGAGAAACUGACUAAGCUACUUCUGCACAACCCUUUUAUUCUGACCCUUACGGAGGUUGGUCAUGCGAAGGAUGAUUUGAUCCCAAAAAAUGUGCAGCAGUUUUGGAUAUCAUGUGAUGCUAAGGAUAAGAUGCUUUAUAUCCUUGUACUCCUGAAGUUGGAGCUUAUUCAGAAGAAAGUUCUCAUAUUUGUAAACUCAAUUGACUCGGCAUUCAAAUUAAGGCUGUUUCUGGAGAAGUUUGGGAUAAGAUCUUCAGUGCUAAAUGCUGAAUUACCACAAAAUUCACGCCUCCAUAUCAUUCAGGCAUUCAAUGCUAGGCUAUUUGAUUAUCUGAUAGCAACGGAUGACAAUAAGUCUAAAGAGGAGAGGCAAGCCAAUAAGGGAAACAAAAAGGAUUCUAGGGUGUCACGCAAGCAGUUGCAGCAAACUUUAGAUGCUGAAUUCGGUGUUGUCAGAGGAAUUGACUUCAAAAAUGUAUUCACGGUAGUUAAUUAUGACAUGCCUCCAGAUCCUGCUGGGUAUGUUCACAGAGUAGGAAGGACAGGGAGAGCAAAUAAAACUGGUGCAUCCAUAUCGCUUGUUUCACCAAAGGAGAAUGGCAUUUUUGAAGAUAUUGAAAAUAUGUUGAAAGAUGUUGAAAAUAGAGACACCAGUUGCAUUUCACCUUUCCCAUUACUUACAAAAAAUGCCGUUGAGUCUUUACGCUAUAGAGCUCAGGAUGUUGCCAGGAGUGUGACAACCCGUGAUAUAAAAGAAGCACGUCGCCAAGACAUAAAGAAUGAAAUCCUCAACUCUGAGAAGUUGAAGGCUCAUUUUGAUGAGAAUCCGAGAGACCUUGAUUUGCUCAAACAUGAUAAGUUAUUGAGCAACAAGGAAAUCCCUGCACACCUACGUGAUGUCCCUGAGUACCUUAUUGAUCCCACAACAAAAGAAGCAAGCAAUGUAGUCAAACUUUCAAGGGCUGCUAUGGAUAUCGAUAAGCCACGGAGGAGGAAAAGAAUGGGAUUCAAGGGAGGAUCUGGCAGAAGUAGUGAUCCCCUUAAGACUUUCUCUGCUGAGGGGAAAUCACGGAGGCGAGGGAGGAAGGAAAGAGACGGAGAACAGGAUAGAAGAAAGAGGAAGAAGGUGGAAAGCUAAUCUUUUGUGAAGCGUUCACUGCCAAGUGCGCACAGUUUUGUAGGUUUCUGGUAUCUCGUCCUGUAACUUUGUAGCAUCUCCAGAUAUAGGGGGAUAACAAUGUCAAGCUUUACUGAAUGCUGCGUGUGCUAUGCUAUGCACACCAUUAUAUAGACAGACGAGUAGAGAGUUUGUUUAGUUUCAGUUCUUCUAGAGGACGUGCAUAUUGCCAUUCCUCUAUUUAUUCGAGGAAUAUCAGCAGAAAACUAUGUUUCAAGAUUUUUGUUGUAUAAAAAAUUGCAUAAAAAGGUGAUGUUUUCAGGUUAA